UGUAUGUUGAGGGGAGGGUGUUCACCAGUAUUCACUUUUACUUGCUUUUCUGACAGUAGUGUUAGGAGAGGAAAGAACGGCUUGUAGACGUUAUUUUUGCAUUCGUUAACAGGCUGUUGAUCCAGCCCUCAUCAUGGACGAUUUACAAAACUACAAACUGCAGCUACAGCAGGUGGAAGCGGCUCUCACUACGGAUCCUACUAAUGAGGAGCUCCUGAAAUUGAAAAUUGAUCUCGAGGAAGUAAUAGAGCUGACACAUGAUUUAAUUAAAUCACAACAACAGGAAAAAAGGCAAGCCAAUGGCAUGGAUGCUAAAGAUCCUAUUUUACUUGCAGUUCUGGCCAAUAAAUGGAAAGUUGGUGAUCAGUGCAUGGCACCCUGGAGCGAGGAUGGCAAAUAUUAUGAAGCAACCAUAGAUGCGAUCAGUGAGGAUGGUGUUGUUAAUGUAACUUUUAAUGAAUACAAAAACACGGAUGUCACAAUGCUUAGUCAGCUAAAAUCAGUAGCCAAAAGGCCAGCAUCAGAUUGGGCAGAUCAGAAGUCGAAAAAAAUGCAAGCCGCUGCGGUAGCAGGUUCAGAUCCUAACAAGCAAAGAGAAUACCUUAAGAAAAAGAAACAAAGAAAGCUCCAACGAUUUAAAGAACUUGAAGAGGAACGGGAAAUGGAGAAAAACAAAUGGCUAGCAUUUACAAAUAAGUCUUCGAAGAAAGGUGUAAUUAAGAAGAGUAUAUUUGCAACGCCAGAAAAUGUAAAUGGUCGUGUCGGAAUCGGCACGUGCGGUGUAAGCGGUCGGGAAAUGACUAAAUUCAGCAAUGGCGAAAAAUGGAGGAGAGGAGCAUGAAUACUAUUGUAAAUACACAAAUUAAUAUUUCGUGAAAUAGAACUAUCAAUUAUUGUUAUAUUACACCGAUUUCAGUUUUGAAAAGAACUGAAGGAAAAAGUAUGUUUUGUGUUGAGAGAAUGUUUCAACAGAGCACAUGGCCGAAGAGUGUGUAGCUGUAUUUUCAAAUUGUGCAUAGAUAUUAUGUUACGAAGGAACGAUGACCUCGAUAAAUCCUGAAGUUAUCUGGAUUUUUUACCUUCUUGAAAUGUAUGAUUGUCACGAAUGGAUGUAUUUCUAGAUUAAUACAUUUAUGUGG